AUGUUUAUAUCUACAUCAUUGAAUCGUAUCUCAAGACUUGGUAGACAUUGUGUCUACCAACCAAGGUUCACCACCACAACUCAGAUAUUACGUUACUGCACUUCUACUCAAAUGCCCAAGCCAGUGGCAUUGGAAUAUCAUGUGAUGAGCCCAUCAAAUGCUCAGUCUGUUGGUAUUAACAAUAACUUGGACAACAUUAUUAUACUUCAUGGUCUGUUUGGUGCUGGCUCAAAUUGGAGAUCAGUAUCUCCAAAGAUUGCCAAUGAGACCAAUUGCAAUGUGAUCCAAGUUGAUCAAAGAAAUCAUGGAUCAAGUCCACAUGUUGCAGAGUUUAACUUGCUGGCGAUGGUUGAGGAUCUGAACCUGUUGAUACAUGACAAGAAGAUCAAGAAUCUCUCAUUGGUCGGACAUAGCAUGGGUGGCAAGGUUGCAAUGCUCUAUGCCCUGUUCUAUCCAGAGAUCGUGCACAAGUUACUGAUCGUUGAUAUCUCACCACAUGAUCUAACUCGUGACACCAUGGAUGACUUUAGACGUUAUCUCUUGGCAAUGAAAGCACUGGAUGUAUCAUCACUAAAGUCAAGAGCAGAGGCAGAGCGUUACUUUGAGCCUAUCGAGUCUAAUGUAAUUGUAAGACGAUUCUUGUUAACUAAUCUUACAAAUGGAGAGAAUGGUGGAUAUAGAUGGAGAGUCAAUGUUGAUUCAUUGCUGGAGCACCUUGGUGAGUUGUCGAGAUUCCCCGCACCAACUGGCGCAAGAUACUUGGGUGACUGUCUGUUUUUGGGCGGUGGCAACUCCAACUUUAUCCGUGAGAAGGACUUCCCCUUGAUACGUCGUUACUUCCCCAAUGCCAACAUUGAGAUCAUUCCAAACACUGGUCACUGGAUACAUGCAGAGAAUCCACUGUUAUUUACAAAGUUGGCCUGUGCCUUUAUAAAAUAG